ACUGAGGUGCAGGAUCUCCCAGAGUGGGUCGGACACGGAGAGAGUCAACUAAUCCCUGCUUCCGAUUCCUUUUAUUCCUCACUAAGCGCAAGUCCGACCAAAGCCUGGAGCUGAAAGCAACAGCAUGGUUUGGUUUCAGCUGUGGGGAAUGAGGACUUAACCCGGAAAGCUGCAAAUAACUGUUUAUUUUUUUUGGUGCUUCAUGCAAAAUGGUCUUAUUGGCAUCCGCGCUGUCGCUGUUGCUCUCUUUGCAAAGCGUGGCGCACGCAUUGGCGGAGAUUUGCCAAGGCGCGCACUGCUUUGGCGGAGGCACAGGCGAUCCCAGACCGUGCACAGGAGAGCACUGUCCGGGGAGCAGAUCUUCCAGACUGCCUCGGCACUUCAACCCCGCGGCGCAGGCCAGAGGUGGAAACGCAGCGGUCACCCAGCACCAUGCCCGCCCGAGCCCCCAGAGAGCGCCGCUGGGGACCGAGCCGUCCGUCCAGCUGCUGCUGCGCGGGCGCCACGGUCACGGCGGCGGCGCGCAGAUCGGAUGCGCCGAUGGCGACUGCGCCGUGAGGCAGCUCCAGCAGCCCAGGAAUGAAACCAGAGACUGCAGGGGGAUCGAGUGCAGGCUGCCGCUGGGGAUACGGCCCAAAGCUCGGGGGAGAUCCUGUGUGGGAGAGGGGUGUGCGGCUGCGGGGGAGGAGAUGCCCCCGGUCUACCUGUCCGACAGAGCCGCGCAGUUCCUGGGAGACGUUCCGGAGUUUGGAGCCUCCGAGCUCGGCGGAGCCCCUUUGGGAGUCCAGCUCACAUGUGACAUAAAGCCAGGGGAGAAUGAAGUUCCUUCAGAAGAUGCCCUUAUCCUGCACCUCCAGCUGGCCAAGGGGCAGGAGAAGCUGGUGGAAGCCCUGCGAGCCCAGCAGGUGAUAAUCCGCGACCUGCAGCAGAAGCUCGUCGACCAACAGGAGGCGCUUCUCGCACAGCAGCGCGAGGUCCUGCAGCAGCAGCGGCACAUGUACGAGCAGAUGGAUGCAGUCAAAAGCCAGUUCGGCCAACUCCUAGAGACGGUCAAGCACGUCUCUUUCCAGGGUCUGCAGGGAGAGCUGCAGAACUACUUUGAGAGUCACUUGGCGGGGCUGCAGAGCCAGGCCCGCAGCCAUCUGCAAAAAUCCUACGCCGUGCAUAAAAUGGACAUCGACUCUAAGGUGAUGGAUGUUGUUGAACAGACUCAGUUUCCGCAGCCUCUGCGCGGAUGCCCUUCGCCCUGCGGAUCAGAGGAGUUCUGUAAUUUUCAGAGGGAUCCGCCUCAGUGUGAGAAAUGCACCAUGUGUCCGCCGGGGUUUUUCCUCAUCUCGCAGUGCUCCCCAACGGCAGACAGGAUGUGCCAGGAUAGAGACGAAUGUCUUGAACUACCACACAUAUGCGGAGAGCGGGUCAAGUGUCUUAACACUCCUGGUGGAUUCAAGUGUCUGGGGGUUUCGGAGAGAGAGGCAGUGACAGGCCUUUGCGGUCACGAAUACUUCUACAACCAGGAGCUCCAGGAGUGCCAGGCCUGCUCGGAUUGUGACGGGGAGCCGUUGGUCGCCCCCUGCACAGCUGUCAGCGACACAGUCUGCGGCCAGAUUUCAGAGAACCGACUCUCCCAGGUCUGGGUGGCAAAGGUGGCUCCUCCUCCUCCUGGUACACCCGGCUCCCACAUCUUCCCUGGACUGCAGCUGAACGUACGAGGCAAAGAGAGCAGCGAUCUGCUGUCCAACGAGGCCGGGAGGGUGACCUUCCUCCAGCACGGUCUGGUGUGGUUGGAUCAUAACUUUGCUAUAAAGCACUGCUGCAGGAACUUCCUCCAGGUUGGGAUGAGGCUCAACAGGAGCCAGGAGGAGGAAGGCCAGGACCUCAGUGGCGUCCGCAUCGAGCAACCGGACGGGAAGUACUUCCAGGGGGUGAGCGUCAGUACCGGCGUGGAGGUGGAGCCGGGCCACAUCUUCGCUCUGCUGCUGAAGAGUCCCAAUCAACACUGCAAUCAGAGCAAGGACCUUCACGUCUUUGAGGUUCCCACUCCCUCGCUGAGUCUCCUCUGGUUGUCACAUGACACCGGCGCUGUGGCCAUGACGGCCCAGAUGUCCCUGCUGGCGCACUACCAGACCAGCUACCGGCCGACGUUCCGCGUCACGACGGUGUCCGACCCCUACAUGAUCAGCCUCACGCACGACAGCCGAGGGGUGCGCUUCACGGAGAGCGGAGUGGUGAAGUUCGUCAUCCAGCAGGCGCUUUACUCCAUGGGUCACACCUGCGUUCGAGAAGGCUUCUCCUUGAUCGCCUACACCACCCGGAACGCCACCGGACUGAAGACGAUGCAAGCCUUCAAGACAGGCGUGAACUACAGGGACACCUCCAUCACCCUCUCUGGCGCAGCGAUGGUGGAAAGCAAAGACAUGCUCACCUUUGAGAUCACGUCUCCGUCUCAGUGCAACAUCCGGUACUUUGGGGACAGCACUGGAAUCAGCAUCUUGAGUCUGAUCUGGAUUCCCUCUGCCGUGUCGUCCGCCCUGACGGCCACGGUCUCUCGGACCGGUCUCCCCUCUGGAGCCGUCAGGAAUAAGCCGUUGCUGUUCCAGCAGAUCAGCCCGGACACGCCGCAGGUUCACCUCGCCCGUUCCGGGGACUCAAACGCCCGGAAGAACUUCGUCUUUCACGAGGCGGGGACGGCUAACAUGGCUCUCAACCUCAAACUGAUCCACUCGUGUAAUAUAGUCAAAGUGACUGUGCAGAGGGUCGGAGGCCAGGGCCAGCAGGCCGGUCCUGUUGCUCAGCAGGUGUCCGGAUCGAUGCCCGACGGCAGCGAGUGGACUAGCAUCGGACUGAGAGCCUCUUUUCAGGUCCAGAACGGCACAGCGGUUUAUGUUACUCUGGAUUGUAUCAGAGGACGUGUGAACCAAAUAACACACGAGGGGGGCACAAACAUUUCGAUUCUCUGGGUUGCACUGUGAUCCAGGAGGAUGGGGCAUCGUCUUCAGGAAACUUUGGGAAAACUCAAAAGUCUGUGCUUCGCCUGAACCAUGGAGCAUAUUCCCGUCUUACCAAAGUACAAACUUGGACAGCGUUGUUGAUUUUCAUGUAUAAUUCUUGUUCAAACAUUUUUCUUUUUUCUUUGGUGCAAGUGCUGAAGCGAUUCAGCUGGUUGGACAGUGACCAAUUCAAAAUCAAUUUGAAUGUCUGAAUAUGCGUGUUAAUUUGUGUCAGGCUGUGUGCAUACAGUGGUGCUUGAAAAUAUGUCAGUAUGCACACACAUUUAAAUGCUUUAUUUCUUUUUAAUGUAUGGAUCAUAUAGAUUUUCAUGUAUUUUUUUUAUUCCAGAAUAUGUGUGACAUAUCUUUAUGCCUGUAUGACUUCAUACGAUCAACCCUUUAAAGCAAAUGUGUCACACAAGAGCACCAGUGCUGCCCUUUAGGUAGAGAGUUUACUUCAGCAAAGCAAUUUAAAACAGUUCCCUCUGACCAUCAGUAGUUAAAUCCGUGUUUCAGUAGUUACAUUUUGCAUCUUUUUCUACACUGUCAGGGGUUUGAUCAUCUAAAUUGCUGUGAAAAAGCAUCAGCCCCCUUUAGGAUUUCUUCUGUUUGUCCUCCAAGUAAAUACGAAGUUUGCAAAUGAGGAUUUCUUUUAUUAAGGGAGGAAAAGCUAACCAAACCAACCUGAGUGAAUGUGGAAAAAGUAAAUCUAAAAGUGACCAGGGCCAUUGUUGGUGGCAAUAACUCGCAACAAGUCUUUUAAAUCUGGUGUUGUUUUUGGCACAAUCUUCUCUGCAGCAUUGUCUUAAUUCAGCUACAUCAGAAGUUUAUCUUGAGCAGGAAAAGCCUUUUUUACAUCACGUUACAGCAUCUCUGUUGAAUUUCGACCUGGACUUCGACUGAGUCACUCCAAAACCUGCAGUUUGUUUUAGUCAUUCAGAAGUAGACUGAUCAUUAGGCUCUUUUCCAUUACAUGUGAAAAGCCCAGCACGAGAUUCCAUACUAAUUUACACGAAGAAUUUCAGGUUCCUGGGGCCUUAGUUUUAAAGGAGAAAGGUUCUGGUCUAAGAGUAGGAUUUCUUUAACAAGUCUGGAGCUUCAUUUAAUUGGCAGAGUUUUGUGCAGCAAGGCAAAACAGUCUGCUGAGAUAAGUUUACAAAUCUAUCCACUUUAUGCUCUUAAAACCGCAGUGUGGAAAGAUUUACAUACUGGCGGCCCAGCUUGUGAUGCACUAAAUUAAUUACAAAACAACUUCGCUGUUAAGCCCGUAAGAACUACUACAGAAGCCAUGGAGGGUCAUAAAUGUGACAAUGUCAACAUGUCCUCCAUGUAUUAGCUACUGCUAAUAGUUACGGUAAUUGUGUGAAAUGGUUUUUGUGUGAAGUGGGUUUUUUUCCCGCAAAACCAGUUGUGUGUUCUCCAUCUUGCUCUGCAGACGAGUGGCAAGAAGAUCUCAGUCUGCCUUUGUUUGUUUGGCCCAUGAUGUCUUCUUAUCACCACCUGCUGGACCGGAGGUGUACUGCAGUUUUCCCCACAACUUCCUGAUACGUCAUUGGGCUGAUAUAUAUAUAU